AUCACACUGAGUUGACCUCACCAUGGAGCCCUGGCUGGUGAUGCUGCUCUUUUUACAGGCAGUUUGGAAUGGCGUUCUUGGGAAAACCCAUUCUUUGCACAAAAGAGGACUCCUUGAGUUAGCUGGAACCAUAAAAUGUGGCACAGGACGAAUUCCUUUGGCAUAUCUGGGUUACGGAUGCUACUGUGGCCCGGGAGGACAUGGCUGGCCUAAAGAUAAAACAGACUGGUGCUGCCACAGGCAUGAUUGCUGCUAUGGCUUUGCAGAAGAGCAAGGAUGUAAUCCCAAGACAACUAGGUACCGAUGGAGCUGUAGGCGCAACACUGUGGUAUGUGAUACUGUGCUGGAUAGAUGUCAACAAAUAGUGUGCCAAUGCGACAGAGAAGCAUCCGAAUGUUUGCGAUCUGCUGUUUUUAACCGACGCUAUAUCUUCUGGCCAAAUUUUUUGUGUGGCCAAACUCAUCCCAUGUGCACUUAUAAUGUUAAUGAGAAUGGCAAGAUAUGUAAAAAGAUUUUAAAACAUUAACAUGGAACUUUUUCCGGUGUCUCUGGACUUUGGACUCUCUAACGUAUAUGCUUUCAGACAGCAGCUGAAGAUACAAUCUUUUGAAUGGUUUGAAUGUCAUCUCAGAUCCUGAAAUUACAUGUAAUGUAUAUUAUGGAAGUGGUUUCAAAAUGCCAUGUUAACAUCUUUUAAGAAAUGGCCUCUGUUUCCAGUUUACAUAAUUAUUGUGCACUUGUUUGAUGACUUUUAUUCAUGUCCAUAUAUAACUUGUGGCAAGA